AUGCAAAACUUUAAAAUGGAUAGAAUGGCUGAGCAAAGACAGAGAAAUUUAUCUACAUCAGGAGAAGCACUCUAUGAACUCCUGGGUCUUGAAAAAGGGGCAUCUCAUGAUGAAAUCAAGAAAAGUUACAGGAAACUGGCCCUGAAAUAUCAUCCUGAUAAGAACCCGGAUAACCCAGAGACUGCAGAAAAAUUUAAAGAAAUUAACAACGCUCAUGCAAUAUUAACAGAUGCGUCCAAAAGAAAUAUAUACGACCAAUAUGGAUCAUUAGGGCUGUACAUUGCUGAACAGUUUGGUGAAGAAAAUGUCAAUACAUAUUUCAUGCUUUCUAGUUGGUGGGCAAAAGGCCUGUUCACCCUUUGUGGUCUUUUGACUGGGUGCUACUGUUGUUGCUGCCUGUGCUGCUGUUUCAAUUGCUGUUGUGGAAAAUGCAAGCCCAAACCCACGGCAGAAGAGCAAGAGUUCUGCAUGUCUCCUGAAGAUCUGGAAGAGCAAAUCAAGACAGACAUGGAAAAGGAUGGGGAAGCUCCAGUUCUGCUUCAGCCAACAAAUGCAACUGAGAAAACCCAGCUUAUUGGUGACAGUCAUCGCAGCUAUCGCACAGAAUAA